UUAUUUUUUUGCAGUGUAGCAUGUGUCAAAGUUGAAAAUCAUACUGUGGGCAUUUUUCAUUAGAAAUUAAUGAAUUUUCGGGCAAUUUGAGGGAUUUUCAAGUGAAAUGGCAUACAAUUACGACGAUCUGAGUUGGUCAGAGGUUCGUGACCUCUUCCGGAAGUGGCGUGAGGACAAUGAGCGAAAGAGUGAAGAUGUGGUGAAUCUCUGGGAGGCCUUUCUCGAGGACAAGCAGCAAAAGUUAGGCAAUGAGAGGCACCUGGUUCUGGAACAGGUGAUCAUUGCCGGACUCGAUUGCGGGCGUAUUGAAGUGGCCGAGGCAUGUAUCAAGAGCCUCUCGGUUGAAUUCCCUGGUAGUCUGCGUGUCCAGAAGUACAGAGCAAUGCGCCUGGAAGCCCUGGGGCAGUAUGAUGAUGCGCUAGAUCUGCUCGAUGCAAUUAUCCGGAAGGAUGAGACAAAUGCAGCGCCCCGGAAGAGGCGUAUUGCCAUAAUGAAGGCUCGCGGGAAGACUGGGGAGGCCAUCAAGGAGCUCUGUGACUAUCUGAAGAAGUUCAUGUCUGACCAGGAGGCCUGGCAUGAGCUGUGCAAUCUCUACUUGGCCGAAGGGGAAUACGCCAAGGCUGCUUUCUGCAUGGAGGAAGUUCUCCUUCACAAUCCACACAGUCACCUAAUCCAUCAGAGAUUAGGAGAAAUUCGAUACACAAUGGGCGGUAUUGAGAAUAUUGAAAUUGCCAAAUCAUACUAUUCACAAGCGAUAAAAUUGAACUCGUACAACAUUCGUGCACUUUAUGGAUUGUACUUGUGCUGUGGACACAUAUCGAAUUCCAAGGCGACUCUGAGCAAGAGGAAAGACGCCCAGAAACUGGGUCAGUGGGCCCUGAGCCAAAUCACCGAGAAGACGAGGAAGAAAUCAAAGAAUGAGAAGUGUAGUAAGUACAUUGAAGCACUGGAUCAGGCUUUUGGCAACUUGGACCUUAAAUCUAAUUGAAGUAGAUUUAUUUAUUAGGAUUAAUAGUGAGGUAAGAGGGAUGUUUCUUUAUUUUUCAAAAGAGGCAAUAUCGUUUAUUGUUUCUCAAUCUUAGAAUUUCUUGUAAUUUUUGUAGGACAAAAAAACAUGAAAAGACAACCUCUUUUAAAUGUUUAUCCAUUACAUUCUUUCCCUCCUCAAGAUUUAUAUUUUGAAUGUUUGACAUGAAAUAUUUAUAAUAUUGUUGUGAAGGAGAAAAAAAUGCGUGUCAGUUCUUUUAUUGUGAUGCAUUUCGAGGUUGUCAUUGCAUUAUUUUGAGAAAUUCCUUCAAUAUUUAAAGUCAAUAAUUUGUUUCUUUUCCAUUUCUCUUUCGUUUGACCUACGAAAUAACUUUUGCAGCAGAAAAAUAUUAAUUACUUGAAUAUUUUUCAUCUUAGGCAAUUUAUAACAGUUUCAUAUUGAAUUAAAAAAAAAAGAAAAAAAUAUUUAAAGUAAAUUGUGCCCAUGAAA